AUGCCAGCAGGCCACCGACCGGCAGAAGCAGAACGACACAGUUUGGCCGGGGCUGUUGGAGGAGAGCCCAGGCCACUGAGUGGCCUGACUCCAGGGGAAAACCUUCCCACUCCAUCCCCUCUGGCUCCCCGAUCUGCUGAGAGCCACUACCACUCAAUAAAACCUUGCACUCAUUCUCCAAGCCCAGGUGUGAUCAGAUUCUUCGGGUACAUCAAGGCAAGAACCUGGGAUACAGAAAUCCCUCUGCCCUUAAGACAAGAUGGCUCAGAUACAGAUAGGCUAAGGCUACGGAUGCAGGCCAGGUUGUUUGGAAGUUCUCCACAAUAUAGAACUGACUCAGAGUUGGGGAUGAUUGGCUUCUGCAAGAGAUGGCAAACUGGGGAGUCAGAAGAAAAGAGGUGUCAGAUAGCAAAUUACUGGCUGCCUCACUUAAACCUGCUGGAGAAAAUAGUAAAAGAAAAUCAUUCCACAGUGACUGAAUUUAAUCUCGCUGGGCUAACAGACAAACCAGAGCUCCAGCUGCCGCUUUUACUCCUCUUCCUGGGAAUCUAUGUGGUCACAGUGGUGGGCAACCUGAGCAUGAUCACUCUAAUUGGGCUCAGUUCUCACCUGCACACCCCCAUGUACCAUUUCCUCAGCAGUCUAUCCUUCAUUGAUCUCUGCCAGUCCUCCAUCAUUACCCCAAAAAUGCUGGUGAAUUUUGUGUCAGAGAGGAAUGUUAUCUCCUACCCAGCAUGUAUGACUCAGCUCUACUUCUUCCUUGUUCUUGUCAUAUCAGAAUGUCACAUGUUGGCUGCAAUAGCUUAUGACCGCUACAUUGCCAUAUGUAACCCACCUUACAAUGUCACCAUGUCUUAUCAGGUCUGCUCCUGGAUGGUAGUUGGGUUGUAUUUUAUGGGCUUUAUUGGUGCUACAGCUCACACAGUCUGCAUGCUAAGAGUGCUUUUCUGUAAGGCUGAUGUAAUCAACCAUUUCUUCUGUGAUCUUUUCCCACUACUGGAGCUUUCCUGCUCCAGUACUUCUAUCAAUGAAAUAGUAGUUUUGUGCUUCAGUGCAUUUAAUAUCCUUUUCCCCAGCCUCACCAUCCUUAGCUCUUACAUCUUCAUCAUUGCCAGCAUCCUCCGCAUUCGCUCCACUGAGGGCAGGUCCAAAGCCUUCAGCACUUGUAGUUCCCACAUCUUGGCCGUUUCUGUUUUCUCUGGGUCUGCAGCAUUCAUGUACCUGCAGCCAUCAUCUGUCAGCUCCAUGGACCAGGGGAAAGUGUCUUCUGUGUUUUAUGCUACUGUUGUGCCCAUGCUGAACCCCCUGAUCUACAGCCUGAGAAAUAAAGAUGUCAAAGUUGCCUUAAAUAAGUUCCUUGAAAAAGAAGUUUCCUGUGGAAGUUGCCUUAAAUAA